CACAUUCGCGAACAUAACGGCAGUGCUGGAUACCGAGAGGACGUCAUGGGGGAGCACACGGCGUUUCUGCUGUUACUGGUGGCGACCUUGACGCUUUCAUCCGAGGUUCCUUUGGAUGACUCCAUGGCUUUGCUAAUCGAGCCUCAGGUGGCCAUGUUCUGCGGGAAGCUCAACAUGCAUGUAAAUGUACAGAGUGGCAAAUGGGAGCCGGACCCCUCUGGCACCCAGAGCUGCAUUGGCACCAAAGAGGGCAUCCUGCAGUACUGCCAGCAGGUGUACCCUGAGGUGCAGAUCACCAAUGUGGUGGAAGCCAACCAGCCCGUCAGCAUUCACAACUGGUGCAAGAAGGGCCGCAAGCAAUGCCGCAGCCACACCCACAUCGUGGUGCCGUACCGCUGCCUGGUGGGGGAGUUUGUCAGUGACGCCCUGCUUGUUCCUGAUAAGUGUAAGUUCCUGCAUCAGGAGCGCAUGGACCAGUGUGAGAGCCACCUGCACUGGCACACCGUGGCCAAAGAGUCCUGCGGAGACCGCUCGAUGAAUCUCCAUGACUACGGGAUGCUGUUGCCGUGUGGAAUCGACCGCUUCCGAGGGGUCGAGUUUGUGUGCUGCCCCAUGGAGGGCGAACGGGAGUCGGACAGCAGUGAGCCAGAGGGGGAGGAGUCUGACGUGUGGUGGGGCAGGGCUGAGGCGGAAUACGCCGAUAACAGGUGGGGCUCACCUGAGCACGUCCAUCUCCGGCCGCUCACAGCCGCUGACGCACACACUGAACUGACCGCUCUGUCCCCCAGCAUGACGCGGCCAGCAGACACAGAGCCAGCCACCACAGAGGACGAUGAAGACGAGGAUGAAGAGACGGAGACUUUCGACAGGGACGAGGACGGAGAUGGGGACGAAGACGAUGACGAUGAAGAAGAAGAGGACGACGACGUGGUUGAAGAGCGGGACAGCGACGAACGGAGCGCUAGCAUCGCCAUGACAACCACCACCACCACCACCACUGAAUCUGUGGAGGAAGUCGUGCGGGCGGUUUGUUGGGCGCGUGCGGUCUCAGGCCCGUGUCACGACAUGCUGGAGCGCUGGUACUUCGUGCCUAAGAAGGGCCGCUGUGCUCCCUUCUUAUAUGGGGGCUGUGGGGGCAACAGGAAUAACUUUGAGUCGGAGGAAUACUGCCUAGCUGUCUGCAGCAGCUCGAUGCCCACAACGGCCCCCAGUCCCCCGGACGCCGGGGAUCAGUACCUCCCAUCUCCAGGAGACGAAAACGAGUACACCGAUUUCGAGAGAGCCAAAGAAAUCCUGGAGACCAAACACCGUGAAAAGAUGUCCGAGGUGAUGAGGGAGUGGGAAGAGGCUGAGAGACGGGCCAAGAAUCUUCCACGGGCUGACAGGAAGGCACUCAUCCAGCACUUCCAGGAGAGGGUGGAUGCUCUGGAGCAGGAGGCGGAAGGGGAGAGGCAGCAGCUGGUGGAGACGCACAUAGCCCGGGUGGAGGCUCUGCUCAACAGCCGUCGCCGUGUGGCUCUGGAGAAUUACCUCAACGCUCUACAGGCCAACCCCCCACGGCAGCCCCGUCAGGUGCUGACCCUGCUGAAGAAGUAUGUCCGUGCCGAGCUGAAGGACAGGGAGCACACGCUGAAACGCUACGAGCACGUCCACACGGUCAAUCCAAAGAAGGCCGCGCAGAGCCGACCUCAGGUUCUGACUCACCUUCGAGUGAUUGAAGAGAGGAUGAAUCAGUCGUUGGGGUUGCUCUUCAAGGUGCCCGUCGUGGCUAAUGCCAUCCAAAACCAAGUCGGGAUAAUUAUGCAGAGGGUUCAGUCGGAGCUAUCUAAGCAAGUCUCCUCCCUGCAGAGCGACGGGCGGGUGGACGGCAGGGUGAGUUACGGCAACGACGCCCUGAUGCCCGACCAGACCUACAGCUCCGCCCCCAUGGAGCCCGGCCUGGACGGGUUUGGCUUCAUUCACCCGGAGAGCUUCAACCAGCCGAACACUGAGAACCACGGUAGCUCUGGCUUCACAGAUCAGAACACACAGAGGUUUGGAUGGAGUUCAGUCCCGUUUUUCAUUGAACUUUUCGUCCCUCUAGUUGAGCCUGUUGAUGCGCGUCCAAAUCCAGACCGAGGACUGCCCACCCGACCCGUUUCCGCCCUGAAGCCAGAGGAGAUGCCAGAAGUGAGGAUGGAGACUGAAGAGAGGCAGAGCGCCGGUUAUGAAGUUUACCAUCAAAAGCUGGUGUUCUUCGCUGAGGACGUGGGGUCCAAUAAGGGUGCCAUUAUCGGGCUCAUGGUGGGAGGGGUCGUCAUAGCGACCGUCAUCGUCAUCACUUUGGUGAUGCUGAGGAAGAAACAGUACACAUCUAUUCACCACGGCGUGAUCGAGGUGGACGCCGCAGUGACCCCAGAGGAGCGCCAUCUGGCCAAGAUGCAGCAGAACGGCUACGAGAACCCAACUUACAAAUUCUUUGAGCAGAUGCAGAACUAAAGAACUCCUCCUCCAGCGUUUCCCCGGGAUGCAUCUUAGCCACAUUCACCCCCUCUUUCGGGUCUGUUCCAUCCUGGGUCCUUUGCCACAGACCCUUCAUCUGCAUCCCUCUUCCUGCUCAGGAGGCGGAGGCUGUGUAGAAGCUGUUUUUCCAUCUUCCAGGCUUUGCAUGUCGCAGUCAGGCGGGUUUUGGACAAAGGAAACUGGCAUGGAACAAAGCUUGUAAACCCUUUUGCCACAGUUAGAGAGAGCUACUUUCCUGUCAGCUGAUAAGACGUUGGUAUCCUGUUUCACUCGCACAUUUCAGCCAAUCACAGGUCUUCAUAGUGUUUGUGCUGGAAGAACUAUCCUGUUUAGAGACCAGAACCACAUGAGAAAGUGUCCCCCCCCACCUGCCCACUCACCUGCUCUCAGGUGAGAGAUGAAGGCUCCCAGAGCACCUUGCCACACGUUUGAAGUGUUUCGGGUUUGUUUUACUUUUAAAAAAAGAAAAGAAAAGGGUGGAAAAAAAGCUGAAAAAAUAUACGUCAACAAAAUAGAUAUUUAAUUUUUUUUUUAUGUGUAAGAUACAAAAAUACUAAGACAAAGACUAGUUGUAAGUAAAUGUAGUGCAUGGCAAUAUCGAUGACUGAUUAAAGUAUUCUAUAUGUGGAGCUCCUCCGGAGCGCUCCUCUAGAUAUUUUAGCAGGAUUGUACAUUUCUAGUGUCUUCUUUGUGACCUUGUGAUAUGAAGAAGAAAAAGAUUAUCCAGAAUCUGGUCUGCUUUGUUGUCACAGACUUGCUUUAACUGAAUCUUUGGCUCUGUCUGCUCAUGUCCACGCUUCACCGUUGUGUUAGCUGCAUGGGCAAACCGCUCCUUGCAUUCGUGAUCAUAUGAAGUGUAACAGUAUCCCAAAAGGAAGAUGAUUGUGUCACUUGUUUGCGUUCUAUGCACUUUUUAAUUUUUGAAGGCUGAUUACCACCAAAUAUCAUUAUUAUUAUUAUUCUUGCUGUUAAUUCUCAUGUCACUGCACUUUUUCUUUAAGAAAGCGUAUCAUUCCAGGUGUUGAUUGUAAAUAUUUGAAAGAUGGAGGUCUGGCUCUCAUGGCGAGUUUCAUUAUCGUGUGCUGUUCUUUAUUUUUAUCUAUCCAAAAAUCCCCCCCCAAGUUCAGCGUGUAUUUAAGAAACAGGACCAAUUGGGCCUAAAAAGAUUAGAAUCUCACAUUCCGUCACUAAAUCGCGUUCUAUUUUUCUACAUCUGCUGUGUAAACAUGUACAGUGCUUCUGUUUGUCCUGUGGUAAACGUCUCUUUGUCUGCAUAUAUCUGUUGUCUAGUCUGUCAGAGGAGGCAGCAAAGACCACGCAUCACCCACGGGAAAAACAUUCACCCCUCCAUGAGCUAUAACAUGAAUGUGAGCUGCUUUUUCUGCAUUAUUCUAGAAGUAUGACACAUAUCACCCCCACACGUGUACAGACACCAGCUGAAGCUCUUAAUCAGGUGAAUGUUUGAAGUUUGUAUUGAUGCUCACUCUGGCUGUCUUCGGAGCACAGCGACUGAAAAAUGUUUUCUCUCAUUGAUCCGCUGUACGCAAUCCAAUGGAGCAUUUGCUUAGAGUUAAGAAAAAGCUUUCUACACUCACCAUACCAUGAAUAAAAUUUUGAAUGUACAAAGAAGUGUC